UCUUAACAAUAGCAGAGUGCGAUGAAGUGGCAGAGGAGGCGGCGGAGGAGGAGGAGGUGGCGGCGAAGAACGAGCCCGACGCGAUGGGCGAUGAUUCGGAUGCAACUGUCAUCUACUUUGAAGACGACAUUGCAACAAAUGGCGUCUCCGGCACAAUCCGCGCUGGUGACAAGAUAUGCGUAAUGGACAACAAAUGCAAUAAUCUCAGCUCGCUUAAAGCAUACAGGAGGCAGUCCUGUUACAUCCUACAGGAUGACCGACUAAACCCUCUCUUCACUGUUGGCGAACUCAUGAAGUUCGCAGCUGAUAUGAAGUUGGGACAUACAUUCACUGAAAAAAUGAAAACUACUGUGAUAAACGAAAUCCUGGACACGUUAGCCCUAUCAAACACGGAAGACACACGAUGCGCCAAUCUCUCUGGAGGACAGAGGAAAAGACUCUCUAUUGCCGUAGAGCUCAUUGACAAUCCACCUAUCUUAUACUUAGAUGAACCUACUACAGGUCUAGACAGUUUAACCUCAGCUCAGUGCAUUCAAAUGCUGAAGAAACUAGCGUGGGAAGGCCGCACCAUCGUCUGCACUAUCCACCAACCCUCAGCGACCAUUUACUCCUUAUUUGAUCAGGUAAACUUCAUCUAUACAUACGAUUGCUAA